UCAAGUGUAUCAAGUGUAUCAAUAGAACCCUAUUACUGAUAGCUAUCUUGCUCCCUAAUCAAAUUUAAUGGAAAAAUAGACUAGGGGAACCUCGCUCGAAUGUAUUAUAUAUAUAUAUCGCUGGUAACGACCCCUAAUCUACGAUCAUCCUUUUCGUAUUCAGUUCACAGUUGGAUAUAACAGAAGACAAAGUAUCCACGCGUUGUACGUAUCUUCCGGUGAAUUCACGAGAAACCAACAGGCCAUUUUCCUGGAUUCCGCAUCCGCAUUUGCGCGUGUGUACGCGCAUUAACAUGGAUAAAGCGUUUGGAACAACAGAAGCGGAACGAAGUUGAGCACGAGGCAACUGUUAUUGCAGGUGCAGUCAGUUGGCCGAUUUGGCUGACGGAUCCAGCAACGGUAUGGAUUAUCAUAUCGAGAUAAUUAAUAAGGAUGAUAAACUGAGAGUGCUAAAAUUCUUAAGAAGAUUCUUCUUCAGAGAUGAGCCGUUGAAUCAGAGCAUUCAAUUGAUUCCGGAGGGUGAAGACAGUACUUGUGCGGAACUGGAGGAAUACUGUUGCAAUGCCUCAUUUGAAAAUAACAUGAGUCUAAUGGCAGUUUCCGCGAGUGGUACAAUUGUUGGAGUUCUACUUAAUGGCAAAAUGGAUAAUCCUUUAUCAAAUGAAGAACCAGAAUAUAUACGUUCGUGUAAAAACGCAAAAUUUAAAAAGAUAUUAAGAUUACUGCAUCACCUGGAUAAAAAUGUAAACAUGGGUGAACGAUUUCGAGAUUCCAAAAUUCUGGAGGUCAGAAUAAUUUCGGUAGAUACAAAUUGGAGAGGAAGAGGUGUCGGAACGACUCUGAUGGGAAAAACAGCAGAAAUGGCAAAGGAACAAGGAUAUCAUUAUCUCAGGGUAGAUUGUACGUCCGUUUUUUCUGCUAAGAUGUGCGAACGACUUGGUUACGAUCAGAUAUAUAAAAUUAAUUAUAAGGACUACGUGGAUGAGGACGGAAAACCAAUCUUUUCACCUAUAUCACCACAUAUAGCAGCUGUCUCAUAUGUAAAGAAAUUAUAAAAAUAAAGUUGAAAGAUGGAAUGGAAGA